AUUAGGUUUUCUAUCAAAAGCAUCAAAGAUGGCGAAAGUUGUGCCGUAUUUGAAGAAGACAACUGGUUUGACUGGACUUGCUGUUGCCAAGCAACCAAGAGAGACUCUGAUGUCGUUGUAUGGUCAAACACUAAAGGUCUUGUCUGUCAUGCCAAGUUCAGCUGUUUAUAGAACAUCCACAGAAAGUUUGACUAAACAACGAAUGAAAUUAGUUGAAAUGGAGAGAAAUAUUGAAGAACUUGAAAAGAAGAUUGGCUGUGGUCAAAUUGAAGAAGUUAUUCAGCAGGCAAAGGAUGAACUUACUUUGGCUGAAAAAAUGAAAGAAUGGGAACCAUGGCAACCACUUCAAACAGAAGCUCCUCCUGACCAAUGGAAAUGGCCCAUAUGAAAUUUUAAAAAAUGUGUGGCGAAAUUAACUUUUUUGUAUGUCCUUCGUUUGAGAGUGGACUGAUUCGUCAGUGAAUUUAUAACUUGCCAUAAAUAUUUCCUUUCACUUGUCAUCCAUUAUAGAGAAGUAUAAGUAAAACAUGGGGAAAGUGAUGUUCCAUAAAAAGCCAAGAAUAUUUAUCAUUAAAGCUUGACCAGGUUACAGUAGACAUACACUGACAAA